UGUGGAGGGGCUUUCUCAGCCCCACCCCCCCGCCCCGCCUCCAGCCCCUCCCUCCUGAUAUCUCUCAGACUCCUUCAAAAAGAACCCAGCCCCAUAUCUUCUCCUUUAGACCCCACACUCUUCUCAAGCCCCACAAGCGGUUUCCCCAGCCUCUCCUCCUGCAGAACUCCCGUGGAGUGUAGACACCUCCCCUAGCCCCCGGCCAAGCUAUUCUUGGCAGCUCUGGGCGUUCCCAAAGCACCUCUCAGCCUUUUUACAACGCCUGGCGCCUUAACCACAUCUGGAGAUACACCACAGGGGUUCCUACCCCUUAUCUUCCUCCAGAAGCUUCGAGGGUAUGUACAACCCACCUCACCUUCCUCAAUUCCUCUAGAACACUUAUCUCCACCCAGACGAUCUCAACCCAUCUGGAUGCCCCAAGACCCUCUCCAAACCCUCUAAGGCUCUCUCUCCCGCCCCAUUUUCCAGCUGCCAGAACUACUAAGUGUGGCGUUAUCCCCAGGUCUUACUUGGGCAUAGGCUGACCCCUCUGCCCUCCUUCCAGUCUCAUUAGAUAUACCCUCAUGCCUUUCUCAGUCCUUUGAAACAUCUCUCUUCUGUUCCUCUUUCUGAGCCCUCUCUUCUCGGUCCCCGAAGACAUCCCCCAGGUUCCUCAUAAAUGCUCCCCAAGCCCCUGCCUAUCUCAGUAGUGCUUCCUCCUGGUUCCUCGGGGCCUCUCUAGACAGCCCCAGUACUCUUGUCCUGGUGACCCAGGGCCUCUCCAAGAACUCCCCCCCCCACACCAUCCUGGAUACAGGUACACUCGCCUAAAAGCCACCCAUACCCACCCCCCAAGUCUCGGUGGGCCUGGGGAGCGGCAAGAUGGCGGCAGGCGUGGCCACGUGGCUACCUUUUGCCCGGGCGGCAGCUGUGGGCUGGCUGCCCCUGGCCCAGCAGCCCCUGCCUCCAGCGCCGGGGGUGAAGGCCUCUCGAGGUGAUGAGGUUCUGGUGGUGAACGUCAGCGGGCGGCGUUUUGAGACCUGGAAGAACACGCUGGACCGCUACCCGGACACUCUGCUGGGCAGCUCGGAGAAGGAGUUCUUCUACGAUGCAGACUCUGGCGAGUACUUCUUCGACCGAGACCCGGACAUGUUCCGGCACGUGCUGAACUUCUACCGCACCGGGCGGCUGCACUGCCCGCGCCAGGAGUGCAUCCAGGCCUUUGACGAAGAGCUGGCCUUCUACGGCCUGGUCCCAGAGCUCGUGGGCGACUGCUGCCUGGAAGAGUACCGCGAUCGGAAGAAGGAGAACGCUGAGCGCCUGGCCGAGGAUGAGGAGGCCGAGCAGGCCGGGGAUGGGCCCGCGUUGCCGGCCGGCAGCUCCCUGCGGCAGCGGCUCUGGAGGGCCUUCGAGAACCCGCACACUAGCACCGCCGCCCUGGUUUUCUACUACGUGACCGGCUUCUUCAUCGCUGUGUCGGUCAUUGCCAACGUGGUGGAGACCAUCCCGUGCCGGAGCAUGGCGCUGCGGCCCCCAAAGGAGCUGCCCUGCGGCGACCGCUUCCCCAUGGCCUUCUUCUGUAUGGACACGGCCUGUGUGCUCAUCUUCACGGGCGAAUACCUCCUGCGGCUGUUUGCCGCCCCCAGCCGUUGUCGCUUCCUGCGGAGUGUCAUGAGCCUCAUCGAUGUAGUGGCGAUCCUUCCCUACUACAUUGGCCUUUUCAUGCCCAAGAACGAAGAUGUCUCAGGAGCCUUCGUCACCCUGCGCGUCUUCCGCGUCUUCCGCAUCUUCAAGUUCUCCCGGCAUUCGCAGGGUCUUCGGAUUCUGGGCUACACACUCAAGAGCUGCGCCUCGGAACUGGGCUUCCUCCUCUUUUCCCUGACCAUGGCCAUCAUCAUCUUCGCCACGGUCAUGUUCUAUGCUGAGAAAGGCACAAGCAAGACCAACUUUACCAGCAUCCCUGCAGCCUUCUGGUAUACCAUAGUUACCAUGACCACGUUGGGUUAUGGAGACAUGGUGCCCAGCACCAUUGCUGGCAAGAUUUUUGGCUCCAUCUGCUCACUCAGUGGUGUCUUGGUCAUUGCCCUGCCUGUGCCAGUGAUUGUGUCCAACUUUAGCCGCAUCUACCACCAGAACCAGCGUGCAGACAAGCGCCGAGCUCAGCAGAAAGUGCGCUUGGCAAGGAUCCGGUUGGCAAAGAGUGGCACCACCAACGCUUUCCUGCAGUACAAGCAGAACGGGGGACUCGAGGAAAGUGGCCGUGGGGAAGAACAGGCACUGUGCGGCAGGAACCGCUCUGCUUUUGAACAGCAACACCACCACUUGCUGCAUUGUCUGGAGAAGACAACGUGCUAUGAGUUCACAGAUGAGAUGACCUUCAGCGAGGCCCUAGGAGCUGUCUCUCUGGGUGGCCGCACCAGCCGCAGCACCUCCAUGUCUUCGCAGCCAGUGGGGACCAGCAAUCUACUUUCCUCUUGCUGCCCCCGCAGGGCCAAGCGUCGCGCCAUCCGCCUUGCCAACUCCACUGCCUCGGUCAGUCGCGGCAGUAUGCAGGAGCUGGACACAUUGGCUGGACUGCAGAGGAGCUCCGCCCCUCAGAGCCGUUCAAGCCUCAAUGCCAAGCCCCAUGACAGCCUUGACCUGAACUGCGACAGCCGGGACUUCGUGGCGGCCAUUAUCAGUAUCCCCACCCCUCCGGCCAACACCCCAGAUGAGACUCAACCUUCCUCCCCUGAUGGCAGCAGUGGCGGCGGCGGCGGCAGGGCCAGUAGCACCCUCAGGAACUCCAGCCUGGGCACCCCCUGCCUGCUCCCUGAGACUGUCAAGAUCUCUUCCCUGUGAGGGGGGGCCCUGCCCUUCCAGAGGGCCCUCUCAAUUCUUGGGGACUCCUUUCCAAAGCCAUAUUUUGGGGAAGCAGGGAGGAGCAGGCCUGGGGACCCCUUUUGCCCCCCACCAAGAACUAUGCAGUGGAGUUUCGUGGAAUGGCCCACCCGGUGGGGAAGUAGCCAGGGAAUGGAAAACUGUGCCCAGCCCCAGAUGAUUUUCCUAGCUGGCCUCCUGCAUGCUGCUUCUCUUGAGCCUUCAGAGAUAGGGAAAGCUCCCAUCUGCUACUCGAGCUCUGGCCUGAGAAGGAGAACACAAACUUCUUCUCUCUGGCUGGGCUGUGGAGGUUUGGGAACCUCAGAGAAGAGUGCCCUUACCUCUGAUCUCAGGUCCAACAACUCCCAGACUCUGAAGUUUGGAAUGCAACUACAGGUUUCAUGGGUUGUGGCCUCAGCAUUGACCUGCCACCCUCAGGCCUUGGCUGAGGGGUCAAGCUGCCAUGCCUAACAUAGACAGAUAGCACAAACACCACCAGCCCCUUCCCUAGCUGCUGGAAAUGGAUCCCUGCAACCCUGUCCUCUGCUGGGCCUCCAGCAAAUUCUAGCAAUAGCAGCUGCUGCCGUGACAUUAUGCAAAGCCUCUGCCCAGUUUGCUGCAGCAUCUACAUCUACCCUAAUCAGAGGGACUACCUCUAACCAAUCAUCCUUCUCUCCUCUCCUCGUGUUUGCUUCUCGCCUGGGUUGGGCUGGAGUCUGGGCUGGCUGAGAUAAAUGCCUGCCAGCCAUCCUGGGCUAGGCUGUGCUUAGAGAUCAGGGAAUGGUUCCAUUCUCUUGGGCAGGAGUCCAGAACGACUAGGGGCUGAGGCCUGGGUUGUUCCUGAACUCCGGUUGUUGUAGGAGGUGGGAGAAACUUCUUCAACGCCUCCUCCUCUCCCCCCACAACUCCUUCUCACAUAUUCCUUUCUCUUCUCCUUCUUGGGUCACCUUCUAGAACUCUGUGUCUGCUCUCAGGCUGAAAUCUGGCAUCAUCUCAGGUUCCCUGUCUUCCGCAUUGUCCCCUUGGAGCUGGUGGCUGACAAAGAUGUAGUUUCCAUCAGUCAAUAAAACCUGAGAGAAGA